AUGUCGUGGAUCCCGUCCGGCCUGCUGUCCACGCCCGCGGCAUCGCCGACACCGGUCGGCUCGGCCAUCUUCCUCUCUAUUUCCUUUUUCGUCAUCUGCCUGCUCGCUCUGCUGCUGUUGCGCCGCUUCUUGACUCUCCGCGCCACCCCCGGCUACAUCAUCCUGCCCGUCUUCCUCGCCUUGGUGCUUCCCGCCAGCGUCGUGCUGCUGGUGCCUGUCGACUUGACAUCCAGCACCCGAGACGGAGACGCCCCCAAAGGUGUCUGGCUGCCGGACCGUGCCAUUCUGGUACUCUGGCGCAUUACAUACUGGCUGAUCUUUUGCCUAACCUGGAUUAUCCUCCCGCUUCUGGGCGAAUUCGUCGACUCGGGCUAUCGCGACCCCAAAGGCCGCUUGCUCUACUCCCUACGCUCCAAUGCUCGAUACCAUCUCCUCGUCCUCGGCUGCGGCAUUGUCGGCCUCGUAUAUAUUAUCAUUCAAAAUGGCUGGGAGUUCAAGUCGAUCCGCGGUCUCGUCAUGGCUUAUGCUUAUAUGUGGGGCUUGAUUCUCGCCAUCUACCUCAUGGGCCACGGCCUCGUUUCCAUCCCGCGAUCCUUCUUCCGAAAGUCGAACAACGCCAAUGCCUUGCGGCGGAUCCAGACCCGCGCCCCCAAGAUCCAUGAUCGCCUGACCGACGCCAUUACCGAGCUGGAGGAACUCGAGGCUCAACUGUCGCAGCUGCAACAGCGCAAGACUGGAACGGCCCGAGACUUUGAAGAGUGGAUUGACGAACUCGCCGACUUCUCCAGCUUUCCCGAUUCGCGUCCGGCCGCGCUGCAUUCCAUUGCCGAAUCUACUGCUGUGCCCGCCAUCAUCACCGAGCGAUACCUAGCCGAUUUGUCCCGCAGGCUGCAGCGCGCUCGACACCAGAAAUCCCGAUUCGUCGAUGAGUGGGAUCGCCUGGUCCAGUCGGCCGCCGAUUAUCAAACCAUCCUAAACUCGACUGCGUCGAAAAAGCUGGACUUUGGCUUAACCGGUGCUGACGGAGCCUCGCCAUCGAAACGCGGCCUCGUCAGUCCUUAUAUGCGAUAUGUUAUAUACGUGAAUCUGCUGCCGAGUAUUCGACUCAUUCUCGGUGCGCUUUUUGCAGUCGCAUCCUUUUGUGUGGUCUGGUCCGAGCUCAUCAAGACGUUUGCUCCGCAACUAUCCAUCAUCAGCCUCACCAUUGUGCCGCAUCCAAAUGAAGCCGGCCAUGUGAGGCUAGUUGGGCAGAUCACGUCCUCCAUGUGGCUGUUGUACAUGUGUACUGCGGCUUUGAAGGGCGUCAAUGACGCCCAGGUGUGGGGAAACCGAGCUCUGGUGCGUCGAAACACAUACGGCGAAAGCGCCUGUUGGUAUGCCGGACAGGUGGCUCGGCUGACUGUGCCUCUUGCGUACAACUUUCUUACAUUUUUCCCUCCCGAAAUCCACCUUGAGACGACCUUUUACCGAUUCCUCGGCCAGUACAUUGACCUGACGCCGCUGGGCAAAGGGUUUGACUACUUCUUCCCCAUAUUUGUGCUGCUCCCGGUAUGCGCCACGAUUUUCAAUCUAUACGGCCGAAUCAAGAAAGUGUUUGGCUUUGCCAUUGUGGAUGAUGAAGAGGAUGCCGAGGCAAAUCCCGGCGGUUUCGGAGUCGGGGGCUGGCGCGAGGGACGCGCUCUCAUCGAACGGGAGCUGAUCGGGCUGGGCUCUUUGAGCCUGACGCAGAGUUCUGUUGAUGCUGGACGAAGCACGUCAUCCAAUUCUACGGCAACUGCCCGCCGAGGAGGGCAUGGCCAACGACCGAGUGAACGGCCAUCGCGCGGCGCGGCGGCGGCGGCGGCGACGACUGGUCCAGCUGACACUAUCGCAAGGCCUGUUGUUGGCGGCGAGGACGUCGUCGAUGACGAAGGGUUUUUCCAGUCCUUUGCGCACCGCGUGCGAAACACUUUCGAGACUACGUCGACGCCGAAAUGGCUCCAAGGGGAUCUUUCCGGCUUGAACCGGCCGCGAUGGCUCGCCGGCGAGGGAGGAGGCUCUGCUUCGAAUAAUAACAGCCGUCCAGAUAAUAAUGAUGAUGAUGGGGUUCUUGGGGGCCUGUUUGGAGGGCGCUCCACAAAUGGACAUGUUCGGUUGUAA